AGUUUAGUAGCUUUGUUCACAGUUUAAUGAACCAAAAAUAGUCUAAUCGAAUUGGUAUGUAAAAUAAAAAUAAAUCUCUAAUCGCACUGAUAAGAAAAAGAUGAUCUGUUUGAUUUUUUCCUCUCCCAAGGAUCCUUGCAGACAAAUUUGCUGUGAAGGCGAAAAACUUCACGUUUGGACGAAUUCAUUGUUACAUGAUUUCCAACGGCUAUAAAAGUCGCUAGUUUUUAAUGAAAUCUUUACAGUAGUUAAUCAAGAUUACGAUAAGCAGCACAGCGAUGCAGUCUCUCCAUUUUUUAUUUCUUUUGCUGAUCGCCAUCGGCUUCGCCAGCCUUGGAGCAGGAUCGCCCCGAUCGUAUAACGAAAUCCACGGAUACGACACUAAAGCUUACUCCUCGAACAGUCGUGGUGAGUUGGCCACCGAUUUUGACCGGAAAUGCCAAGAAUGUAUGGACCGUUGUGCAGAUAAUGGUCAGCUUGGAGUCUGCAGAGUGGACGUGAUUGCUAUCGGAUUCGCCAGCUUUGGAGAAGCAUCUCCUCGAUCGCGUAACGAACUGCGGAAAAUUAACGCUGAGGUCUUCCUAUCGAGCGAUGAGGGACGAUUCACAACCGAUAACGAUAAAAAGUGCAGAGAAUGUGAGGCGUACUGUGUAAGACAAGGCGCAUAUCCAUACUGUUGGCCCGAUAGGUGUGAAUGUGUGCAUAAAAUUUUGUAGAUAUUUUUAGACAUGAAUGUGCUUCGUCAUUUUUGAUCAACUGUCACAUUUUUUCU